AUGUCGCAGGUCAUGCCCGCGCUCUUGCCACACUUUCCAUUGGUGCUAGUCUUGAUAGCAGUUGGUGUCGGAGCGACCGAGGUGCUCGUUUUGCUCGUGCCUGUGAAAGUGAAGUUUUUUGUCCGGACGCUGGUAGUCGAGCUAGACGUCGAUGAGCUGGACUUGGAAGUGCUCGGGGAUGUCGAUGAGCUCGACCUAGAAGCGCCGGCAGCGGACGAUGUGCUCGAACUCGAGGAGCUAGUGGAAGAAGACGAAGACGAAGAAGAGGAAGAAGCGCCGGCGGAGCUGCUAGUCGUCACAGUAUUUGCCUGA